AUGCUGACUGAGCGAAUUUCAGAAAACGAUGCCUACCGACCUACGGAUGAUGUUCAAGUUCAAGAACUCGUCGACCACCUCUUCGAAAUUAUUCAAAACUUCCUCUCUGCCUCAUCAUUCGAAAUUGAAGAGAAAUCUACACUCGAUCAUGCAGACUCGUUCGAUUAUUCACCAGAGGAUGAAUGUCAAGAGGGCGAAGUGGAGGAGGAGGUGGAAUCGGACGAGGAAAUUGGAGAAAGUGACGAGCAACUCGUACAAAAGUUCUCCCUUGAGUAUAUGGAAAAGGUGCUGGACUAUUAUGACGAAAUUAACGAGACUGGGAAGCGAAAACGCAGUUGGAGGAGUGUUCAUAGUCGAUUUCGUCGAAUUCCGCAUCGGCAAUAUCUCUCUCGGUUUCGCGAUUAUGUUGUUCGCCAAGGGUCGAAGCGGCAAAAAACAGAUGAGAUAGAUUCAUUCGUAUUCGAAUUGUUCGAAGGUGCUCGUGAACAAUCUUUAUGCAUUCACGAUAAUGAUUUAAGGCGAUGGGCACUGCAGAAGGCUCGAGAACAAUCAAUGUUUGAAUUUUCCGCAUCCGUCCAUUGGCUUGCCAACUUUAAGCAUAGACACAAUAUUGUUUCUCGAAAAAUCACCAAAAUUGUGAGCAGACAUUCAAUCGAAAAUGUAGAUGAAAUCGAGAAAUCAGCCAAGGAAUUUGUAAAUGCAGUACGAGAACAGUCGAAGAAUUAUUCCCCAAAUGAAAUUUUCAAUACCGACCAGGUUGGUUUGGAGAAAGAAUUUCGAAGCACCCGUACACUCACUUUUAAAGGAGAAAAGACAACAAUAGGAUCGGUG